AUGGGCCCACAAGAAAUUUAUUUGGGUCCCGACGACGCCAAGGUCUUCUUCCUCAAGAUGAAGGGUGACUACCACCGCUACCUCGCCGAAUUCUUGACCGGCGCCCCCCGCCAGGAGGCCGCCGAUAGCACGCUCUCCAGCUUCAAGGCUGCUCAGGUCGGUCGAUGGAACCUCCUUCUUGCCUCAUUUUUCCGUCGUAAUCACCUGUCUGGCUGGUGCGCCUUCUUUCAGUGUCGCAAAAUUCAAUCUCCAUUUCUUGGAUCUAUCACAUGCGGAUUUGAUUUGAUCUGCGAGCAAAUAAAUCGCUGCGCUGUCGACUACUAGCGAUCUUCUUUUUAUCCCUCUGGAUUUGAUCACCGUCAUCUGGCCAUUUUUCCGUCUGGUUCGACAUUCGCUGAUAUCUCUCUACAUGCCAUGUUUCUAGACUAUCUAUCUGCUGACGACUGUACUUGAAACACUCCCCAGGAUAUCGCUGUGGAAAAGCUGGGGCCUGCGCAACCCCAUCAGGCUUGGCGUGACCCUCAAUUUCUCGGUGUUCUACUUCGAGAUCCUCAAUUCGUACGACAAAGCCUGCCCACUUGCCAGGCAGGUGCGCCCUCCGUUCAGAUCUAGCCCUCCUUCGAACUAUAAUUAAUUCAUCUCCUCAAUUCGUUCCGAAUGAUCGAUCGAAUAUCGGGCUCCUUUGAUUCUCUAAAUGGAAAUCAUCCUCCUGAUUUUCAGGCAUUCGAUGAAGUCAUUGGGGAUCUGGACACAUUGGGUGAGGAAUCAUACAAGGACAGCACUCUCGUAAUGCAGCUGCUCCGCGACAACCUUACGCUCUGGAAUACAGACCUGAGAGUCAAGACCCUUUUUUCUUCUUCCUCUUCUUCUUGUUCUUCUCGAUGUUUUUGUUUGCUCUUUGCAAGCGAUUUCUGACUUCUCCCCCCUUUUUCGUGGUGCCCAGGAUGAUAUUGAAGGAUCUAACCUUACGAUAUCUCGUAUCACGAGAACCACUCCAAGAAUAAAAAGAAAAGAAAACAAACACACAAAAUUCUAUUCCACGGAAAGGGAGAAUCACAAGCCACACACACAUGUUCUCCGAACCAGUCCUCUUAUAGGAACAGGUCGAGCAAUUAGCGAGAAAUGCCGGUUUUAGCAGUUACUCGCACAUAACUGCCCAAUUAGCAUGAUCACGACUGUUAUAACUCAUAAACAACAGACGGUCGUGAUUAAGACACAGGAGGAGAAAGAGGACGUUACAGAAAUUCAAAAUAAAGAAAAACAGCGCUGGAAAUGAGCUGUCUGCGGCUGACAGAUUGUCAAACACUCGGACUUCUCAUUGA